GCGCGCCUGGCUGUGCGGGCCUGGGGCCGCCCGGCCGCCGCGCGCCCCUCGGGAGUGAGCGGGGGGAGCUUGGGCUUCCGCCCCGCGGCGCGGAGCCUGCGGCCGGCGCGCCGUGCGGGUGUGUGUGUGAGUGUGUGUGUGACAGUGUGUGUCAGGUGACUCGGGUCACGCAGUCUCCCUCUCCCUCCUCGGGGAGGAACUGCCGCGCUCCGGCUGACUCCUCCGCCGGCGGGCGGGGCGGGGGAGGGGGCUCCGCGCGCUCUGGGAGCCGCGGGACCCGGACCUGGGCGCCGCCCGCUGCGGGGGACGCACGGCCCCCGGCGAGCUCCAGACAAAACCUCCAUUCAGAAAUAGGUUGCGGGCGGCCGGCGAGGAGGCUUGGUACCCCCCUCCCUCCCCGAUCCGGGACCCCCGCCGCCCGCCCCCGGGCCGGCCGGCCGGUGGGCGCGAUGAGCCAGGUGCUGGGGAAGUCUCAGCCGCAGGACGGAGACGACGACGAGGAGGAGGAGGAUGAGCUGGUGGGGCUAGCGGACUACGGGGACGGGCCCGACUCCUCGGACGCCGACCCGGACAGCGGGACGGAAGAGGGAGUUCUGGACUUCAGCGACCCCUUCAGCACGGAGGUGAAGCCCAGGAUCCUGCUCAUGGGCCUGCGGAGGAGCGGCAAGUCGUCCAUUCAGAAAGUGGUCUUCCACAAGAUGUCGCCCAACGAGACCCUCUUCCUGGAGAGCACCAACAAGAUCUGCCGGGAGGACGUCUCCAACAGCUCCUUCGUCAACUUUCAGAUCUGGGACUUCCCGGGACAGAUCGACUUCUUCGACCCCACCUUUGACUACGAGAUGAUCUUCCGGGGAACGGGCGCACUGAUCUUCGUCAUUGACUCACAGGACGACUACAUGGAAGCCCUGGCCAGGCUGCACCUCACCGUGACCCGCGCCUACAAAGUGAACACGGACAUCAACUUCGAGGUGUUCAUUCAUAAAGUGGACGGCCUGUCAGAUGACCACAAAAUUGAAACCCAAAGAGACAUUCAUCAGAGGGCAAACGACGACCUUGCUGACGCCGGACUAGAAAAAAUCCACCUCAGCUUUUAUCUGACAAGCAUAUAUGAUCAUUCAAUAUUUGAAGCUUUUAGCAAAGUGGUUCAGAAACUGAUUCCACAGCUGCCAACUCUGGAGAAUUUGCUAAACAUCUUUAUCUCAAAUUCGGGGAUUGAAAAGGCAUUUCUAUUUGAUGUGGUCAGCAAAAUUUACAUCGCAACUGAUAGUACUCCAGUGGAUAUGCAAACCUAUGAGCUCUGCUGUGACAUGAUAGAUGUGGUUAUUGACAUCUCUUGUAUUUAUGGUCUCAAAGAACAUGGAGCAGGCACCCCCUAUGACAAGGAAUCCACGGCUAUUAUAAAGCUGAACAACACAACUGUGCUGUAUCUGAAAGAGGUGACAAAGUUCCUGGCUCUCGUCUGCUUUGUCAGAGAGGAAAGCUUUGAAAGAAAAGGUCUGAUUGACUAUAAUUUUCACUGCUUCCGGAAGGCCAUCCAUGAGGUCUUUGAGGUCAGAAUGAAAGUGGUGAAAUCGCGGAAGGUUCAGAGUCGGCUGCAGAAGAAAAAAGCGGCCACCCCUAAUGGAACCCCUCGAGUUCUGCUGUAGGUGAGGUUUCAGGAAUCAGGCCAAAUCUUCUGGAAUCAGGCCUUUGCCAUGAGGCUUCUGCACUGUGACGCACUAACGGAAGAGGAAGGAGGAGCCUGGGACUCAUGACACAUAUUUGUUGUUAAAAAAAAAAAAAUCCUGCAACCCUCUUGAUCUUAUCUUUUUUUAAAUAAAGUAAGCACUUUGAAGCAAACACUUGUAUAUCAACAAUGAAGUGGAACCCACUGUACUUUCGUUACACAAAUGUAAACUUCUGUGAUCUGUAGUCAGGAAAAUCCCAAGUGAGAACUGCCAGGAACUGUACAUAUGUUGCACUUUUUCAUGUUUUUUUCUCAGUGAACUGAACUUUGAUAAAACGACUUUUCUAAGCUUUUUUCUGUACGUGGUGUCAAGGACGUGCAUACAUGUAAAGUAUAACACUAUGGCAAUCAGCAAGGAAUCCAAAAGGGAUGCAUUGGUAAUGACUUUUUGUAAAUUUGGGCAUCUUUGCUACCAGUUGUUGAGAAAAAUCAUUUUUCAGUGGGGCUGGAACAGACCGGGGCUGUAGGCUCCUGGAGCAAUAAGAAUUGUUCCCUGUUUAUAACCAGCGUGAACAGGAAUUUUGUAGAAUGUCGUUAGUAGCAAACUGACCUACAAGUUUCUGGCACUGGGGCUGUGCCUCCUUGCUCGGUAGUUUUCGUGAAGUUCUCGGCCCCCCACGCCGCUCUGUGAUCACGUGGUUCAGGGGGAUGAUUUCUCUAUGGUACCUGACUAUGCUUUAGAACCUUUGGGACCAGACCUCCACAGUGCUGCCGGUCACUGGGGAGAAACAAGGGUGCAGCUGAGCUGCAGCGUGUCGAGAGGCUUUCCUGUACCUUCCCCCCGGGGCUGAAAUAGCUUCGGAGGCCAAAAGGUCUUCAAAUGUAGGUGACUGACAGCUACAGACAAAGCCACAUGUACACAGUAAUAGCUGGCUGGCCCCUGUGUAAUGGCCUGUGGUUGUGCUACCUUUCAAAUGGCUAUAUAGGACCAGUCCCAGUGAAUGGAGAAAAAACUCAGCUCCCCACCAUAAAGCAUCAUUCAGCUGGUCACGCCGGUCACCUCCGCGUCUUCUUGUCCCCUCUGAUCAUGUGCCUCAGGUCUGUGUGCUGGCUGCAAACCCCUGGCGGCCAGUGGGAGAGGCGGCCUGGAGCAGACAUUCACGUUCGCUGUGUCAUUGUUUCUAUGACAUCCUUUUACGUAUGUGUAUUUUCACUAACUGGAGAUUAAAAGCCCUAAAUCCACCGGAAUGCCGAAGCAUUCCAAGUAGGUAAUUCUGAGUCCUGUCAAGGGGUAGCCUGGAGGACUUGCUUGUGCAGCAUUAGAACAUAGUUGUUUUUGUUUUGUUUUUUAAAGCAAUCUCUUGGGGAUAUCAAAGCUGCUCCUGGCAAAAUAUAAAGUCUCAAAAGUAACUGUUCAAACUCUCCUACUUCUCCCUAUGGCUUCUUCCUGUCCUUUCCCCUUUGUCUCCCCAAAUCCUAUUCCUUUCAAGCUGGCAACUGCAAAUGAAGACAGGAGCUGAGUGGGGUUGAGGGUUUGAGCCUUCCAUGGUGUCAAUAUUUCGAAAGGAGAGUUUUGAAAAUUGUAAAGGCACGCUAAUUCUUCCUCUGAUUCCUGCUCAUAAACCUGGAUGGGUAGGACUCCGGGGUCCCAGGGGAGUCUUCUUCACUUCCAGAGCUAUCCCCUGUUGGAUGUUUGCCAGUGGGUCUGGCCAUGUGCAUUGUCCUUAUAAAUCUGAUUCUCUAGUGUUUUGAUUUUUUUUUUUUUUUACAGAAUGUUUCUCUUUGACUAAGCAAAAGAAUCACUUUUCUAAUGUAACUUUAUCCUUAAGAGAGAGACUUUUGCCUGUCGGGGAAACCACAUAUUACUUAGGUAUAUAUUAGUAUAACCAGGAGGAGCUUCCAUUUUUAAGCUGGGUGUAUGAUGAGUUUUUGUUAAACUGUGCCUUAAAGAGCCUAUUACUUCAAGAGCAAAUGAGUCUUUGGGGGAAAGGCAAAAAUAAUCCUAUGGAAUAGGACCCAAGUUCAUGGUAAUAAGUGUACCCUUUGAUUAAUCCCAUGUUAAUAAUAGAUUAUGGCCUCAAACUUUAUGUGGCAAUGACCUAUGACCUCUUAAUUAAAGGAAGAUGUAGAAACUACAUCUAAGCAUUCAAAUUUUCAAGUCUCUGCUAUUGGAAUGACAGCAUUUCUUCACUUUUUUUGCAUUUUAUUUCUGAUAUGGGAGUUAGCUUAUUUCAAUGUGUAUGGCCGUGUUUUGUUCUCAGAUCUGAUGCUGUAAGUACAAAGCUGAGACACAUGGCUCCCGUGACUGCCCUGGAACAUCUUUGCUUGGUUUUAAGGGUUGAGAACUUGAACCGUAGGUUUCUAGAGCCGGGCAGUCCUCUGCCUUUUGAAUCCGUUAGAACUACCUAGAAGCAAGACUCUGAAUUCUAAGCUUUGGUUAUUUUCUGUGAUGUAGGUUAGUGUGAGUGACCAGUAUGGCGUUUUCUUUUCUUUUUUUUUUUUUUUUAAGAAA